UCGAUCGGUUGUGCCUUGCGCAAUAUUUUGCAAAAAUUACAACGGCAAAAACGAUCGUUUAAUAUAUAUUUUAUUAAUCGUUUUAAUUGUAUUUAAUAAAUUUAAUCGUUAUAUCAAACUAUCAAAUUCGUAUGCGUUGAAAGUCAUAAAAUUGUGUUUGAACGUUAAACAGUGUUAAACAGUUUUAAGGGUUCACCGGAAGAAAGUUAAGAACGCGUACACAUACGCACGAACACGAGCUAAUUUAAGCGUUUGUUAGUAAUUAAAACUGUUAAAAAAUUUUCUUUUAUGUAUUCGAAACGUAAUAAUAAAUAAUAAAUAAUAAAUAAUAAAUAAGCGCAUACUGGCAACUUAAUUUCACACAAACUAAAUUUAUAACACAGACUGAGGAGAAACGGGCGCUUAACAUGGAGUACACACAACCUGCUCGGAACAUUUUCACGGUUAACCGAUUUUUAGCGGUGCUCAUAAUUCUUGCUCUGUAUUCCGGCGUAAGUGAAGGCUCCAAUUUGGGCUCAAAAUGUCAACAUGACAUGGAUUGUACGGACUUCAUAAAAGGCAGUACUUGUUCGGCGCAUGGCUAUUGCGAGUGUGCACCCUACUAUGUGCAAUACAACACAACUAGCUGCUUGUCGUCACAACUUCUGGGUGGCGAUUGUAUUCUGGACGAUCAGUGUACAAUGAAAGUAGCGAACAGCAGUUGCGCGGAUGGAGCCUGCCGCUGUGUUGAAGGUUUCCUACAAUUUCGCAAACACACAUGUCUUGGACCUGCUCAUCCUGGUGCAGUAUGUUAUAGCCAUGCCCACUGUCAAAUGUUUGAUGUACGUACCCAUUGUGACUUUUUGAUACCAAAUUUAUUUGGACGCUGUCAGUGUACUGCACCAACAAAAUUAAAUGCCGGCUUGUGUAUAGAACCAGAGGCUACACCAAUAACAGAAAAACCAAUUUCUACUACUGAAAAACUUGCAACAACAUCUACUACGACAUCCACAACCACAACCACAACGACUAGAACUACUUCUACAACAACAACAACACCUGCACCAGCACCUGCACCAGGACCAGCACCAGAACCAGCACCGACCACUUCAACUUCAACAACAACCACAACAACUACAACUACGGACCCAUCAGUCCAUCAAGAUGCUUUGCAAUCUCAUGAAAAUAUCGAGAAUGAAGCUGAAGAAGAGCAAACUCCAUCGAAAAUCGCCAUCCAAGUAGUUCCAACAAUUGAAACAUCUACACAGCAAUUGGUAACACCUGGGAUUGCUGUAAAUAAUGAAGACCUGACCUCAACUAUUGAUGAACUAACUGGUGCUGGGUUAGAUGCAAUAGCAGUUACUGAUGACUAUCCAUAUAAAAUUGAUGAAGAAUACACAGAUGUAAAUGCCGGCAAGGACGAAGAGCAACAACAAGUAGCCGAUUCAGUUGCGGAUACUGCAACAGCGCCAGAGUCUAUAUUGGAUACUACUGACAAAAAUGCAACUGAUGAAGAUAUGUACGGCAAUGAAGAGGAAAUAAAUCAGCAACUUAAUUUAGAUGAUACCAUGAAAUUCGAUUAUGAAGAACAAGAAGAGGAAACAGAGCCCGUGGACAGUGUUGACCACAAAGCAGACUCCGAUAUGGAGGUAAUUAAGAGUGACGACCAACAAGAACACCUCGCAAAUGCAGAAGAUGUAAAAGAUAAAAAUAUCGCAAAUGUUGCAGAACAAUUGGCUAACGUUGAUGCUACCAACGAUGCAGAAGAACAAACAGCAACUGUUAUUGCAACAACAUUAGCUGAGAAUGAAAGCAUUGACAGUGCCAAUGAUCACAAUGAUCACAGUAUCAUUAACAACAAUAACAGCGAUAACGGUAACAACAAAGACGACAAUAGCAAUAAUAUUAAUAACAACAAUAACGAAAACAAUUUUACUGUGGAGAACAGUGAUAAAAAAGAUGAAAUCGAAAGUGACGUAAGCGAAAAGCAAGUCGAAGAAAGUGCUGCAACUGCAAAUGAUGUUGACGUCACUGCGGAAAGUGCACAAGUGCAACUAAUUGAAAAUACUAGUAACACUGCAGACACAUUAAGCAAGCCGGAUGACUACAAUGUAGAAAAUCUUGACUCGGCGAAUGCCAUAUCUCAAGAUGAACAACCUAACAUUGCUGAUUCUCAGAAUAGUGUUGAUCUUAAUGAAAGUACAAAUAGGCUAGAUACACCUGCAGUAAUUUCCACUCAGUUAGAAUCUGAGGCACAAAAUCCUGACAAAAAUGAAUAUACUCAGGAAAAAGAUACACAAGAAUCAAUAGUUUCUGAAACUAUAUUACAAGAUCUGCAUCUAGACUCUAAUGCAGAGCCUGUUAAACUUAGCGUUGAUGUACCGGAACAGAUUAUUGAAGUAGUGUCAGAGCCACAAAAUCAAAAUAGCCUUCCAGUUGAUGAGGAAACUAAUGUUGUUGAUGUAACCUCGGUAAACCAGCCAGUUAAAGUUGACGAAGAAGUGAAAGAUAUAGAAACACUAAGUGAGGAAAAAGUAAAAGAAACUGAAGAACAAACACAUAACGAGGAAGUAGAAGAACCUUAUGUUGAAAGCACACCAGAAGCUGACACCGAUUUAAAUCAGGAAGAAUUAAAAGAAACAGACGAACCCGUAUCAGCAACGCUUCCACCAGAAAUUGCAGCUGAAAAAGUGACUGAUACAAAUUCUGAAAAAGGAGUAGAUGAGACUGUUGAGGAUGAGACUGACAAACCAAAUGAUGAGCUUAUUCUUGAUAGUGGAGAAAACAAUUUGGUUGAAGAUAAUGUAGUUAAUUCUGUGGAAAAUAUUGUACAACAAAUGACAGAUUCCGAAGAGAUGCUCAAUUUAUCAGAUAUAUCAUCAGAAUCUCAAUCGAAUCCAACUGACCAAGUGCAAGAGACAACUAUGCCGGAAGUGUUGUUGGAUAAUGGUAAUGUCGAAAGUAUUGAGCAAGCAGACAACGAAGCAGACAAUAAUGUAAAAGAGCAAAGUCAAGAUUUGGUAGAAGAUCUAAAUAACGUUGAAAAGCAAGAAGAGUAUAAUAAGCAAGAAGACCAACAAAAUCAAGUUACACAACAGGAACAAGAAGAGCAGCAAGAAGGGCAAGAGGAACAGGUGGAACAACAAGAGGAAGAGCAAGCUAAUGCCAAUGAGUUUGAAGAAAGUGAGUCUGUACUUGAUAUAUUAACUGAUUUGAUGGCAGAUGAAGUAACAACCAUUAACCCAGUACACGAUGAAAAUAUAAAAGAAAAUGAUAAUAGUCAAGAAACAGAAUCAGCAGCAGAUAUGGAACUAGAUAUUCCAGAUUUAUUAGCCCUAGAUACAAAUAUAUCCGAAGAAACAUAUGCAACUGAAUUGCCACAUAAAGAUGAAAUUGCGACUGAGUUGCAGACAGAUGCGCAGAAAGACAAACUUAUUACAUUCUAUCCAGAAGUUGUACCAUCACCAUCUGAAUCCGAUGAUAACAAAAAUUUCAAUAGCAAUAGCAUAUAUUCUAAUGCAGAUGACAAACCAGACCAGUCUAUAAAUAUUUCUGAAGCAAUUGCUCUAUUACCAAAUCCAACUGAAGUGCCUAAAUUAAGUGAAGUAGCAAAUUUAAACCAAGAAACAAAUGUAGAAAAUUUAGAAAAUACGAAUGAUGUAGUCAGUGUAGCUGAUGCAACGAAUUUGGAUGAAGCAUCACACACUUUGUCACCCGAAGAAUUGCCUUUUGAUAUGUCUUCAGAUGAUAUGCCACAGCCACAAGGAUUUCAAUCUGAAAAUUUAGUUGUGGAAACAACUACUACUGAAGAUAAUAACCUAGUAAUUGAUGAUCAGCCUGAAGAUGCCAUUAAUACUGAAGUUACUGCUAAUCCAAAUGACAUAAUUGAAAUCACAACUCAAACUAUGCUAGGACUUGCUAGUCGUGUAACACUAAUGGAGCCAGCAGCACCUGUAGUUACUACACUUAAGCCAUUGAUGUCAUCUUCCACAAGUUCGUUAGCUGAUUUUGAUGCCACACCGGAACCAACACGGGAACCGAUAGCAACAGAAAAUAAUAGUUAUUCGACCAAACCAACUGUAGAAAUACGUAAGCGUGUUGAGUUGGGGCUGGAAUCAGUGUCACUAGGAUUAGCGUGUUUGAAUGAUAAACAGUGCCAAUUGGCGGAUCCAAAUACUGUCUGUAACGCACGUGGUGUUUGCGAUUGCACAUCAGACAACAAUGAACAAGGUGAUUUUGAAAAAUGCAGUGCAAAUUCCACAGGCUGUAGUCCCGGCACAUUCCAAUGUCGAUCAAGUGGUGUUUGCAUAUCCUGGUUCUUUGUUUGUGAUGGUCGCCCUGACUGUAACGAUGCAUCUGAUGAGGAAUGUUCAUUUAAUGCAAGACUCAACAAAUCCUGCCCGCCUGAAGCAUUUCAUUGUGAACGAAGUAAUCGUUGCAUUUCACGUGCCGCUCUCUGCGAUGGACGGAAACAGUGCCCACAUGGAGAAGAUGAAAUUGGUUGCAAUGCACUAAAAAUUGGUUCAUGUCCUGCGCAUACGUUCCGUUGCAAGAGUGGAGAAUGUUUGCCCGAAUAUGAAUACUGUAACGCCAUUAUUUCCUGCAAAGAUGGCAGUGAUGAACCACCACAUUUGUGUGGUUCUCGAUCAAUGCCGAAUCUAUUCUUAAGACUUUUAAACGCUGGUGGCUUAAUGGCCAGUAGUGAUCCAGCAGCUUAUUGUCCACACAGGUGCAAAAAUGGACGUUGUCGUUCGACAGCUAUUGUUUGCUCUGGUCGUGAUGGUUGCGGUGAUGGAACAGAUGAACAAACUUGUUCAGUGUGUAGAUGUCCUGCUCCUUCAACAAAUUCUCCUUCUACACAUAAAGGCAGACAACAUCCUAUAUUUCUAUGGUAAAAACUAAAAACGAUCAUCACUUUGAAUCGAUCAACUCUGGUGCCUUGCACUCAACUUUUGCCAGAACUCAAAGAGUACAUCCUAAAAUUUCUAAACUCUGACAUACUAACACUGACUAAAUCGAUGAAAAUCUUAUCUUAGUUUAGCGAUUUUUAUUUGUAAUUAUUUAUUUUAACUUAUUUAUUCAAUUGGAGAAACACUAAAAACGAUCGGCAUAGCAAUUGGCUCCUUGCUAGCAAAGGGUUCAUAUGUAACCAAACAUACCUUAUAGGACAAUGUUCGGUUGUAUUACUGGAUAUCCUCUGCACGUGGCGAUGUAGACAAUUGCUUGCGUUACGUACUAUAUAUCUGCACGUACUAUAUAUCAUCUAUAAAUUAUUUAUUUAUUUUUUUUCUUAAUUACAUAUAUCAUACUCUACUUUAUUCAAUUAGAUUUAAAAAAUUUGCUUUCGAUAGUGAAUCAAGUAAUAUAUCUAGUAACAACAAAUAUUGAGCAGACUACCUACAUAUGAAGCCAUCCAUGUAGUUUGUAUCUGUUUACGUAAAUCUAUAAAUAUUACGAACAAUUUAUGUUAAUCUGUUUACUUUUAAUUGUUUUGUAAAUAAAAGAAGAUACAAUGAUAAAUGAAUUAAUGAAUAUUCUUGAAAAAUGUGCAUUUUCGAAACAAUUGUCAAGUAUAUUCGG